AUGGCUCUGCAUCGCAGCAACUCGGCCAGCUGGCGCCGCAUCACCGCCUGCGUCUUCGCUUUCAGCCUCUUCUGUCCGACUUCCGCAGUUUUCUCAUUUGCCACUCUUGUCGCGUUGAUUCCCGCGUUGAUUCCAGGAGAAGCCAUCGCCCCCAUCCUUGCCGUGCUUGCUGCCAUGAAUUUGCACCAAUUCAGCCCUCCGCCAACCUUCGUCUGGGGACUUCCAGGCGUCGCUUUUCACCUGACGCCAGACUAUGGUACAGCUGCUAUUUACUACCCCAACGACACCAUCAUCACAAUCGGCCCUGUCCAGGGCGAUCGGCAGUAUGCCGCCUCUAUGCGGAAAACUCGAUCAUCGCUAGCAAUGUUCCUGCCUAUAGUGUGCUACGGCUCCCGGUGGAUGCCGGAGCCGUUGAACCGCGCGCUUUGUACGCCAGAUUUCGGCGUGGAUGCCGUGCAAGGUCUUCUGGCGACCCUCCAAAAGUCCGUAGCAUCGCACCUGGAUGGACCAUUCUGCUUCACCGAUAUUGUCCUGCCAUCCCCCGAGACGCAAAAGUACCAGCAAGACAUUCCUCGUCCGAGCCUCCAUGCCGCGGACAUGGCCGUCGCCGCCAACACCCACCGGAAACGGACCGACCCCGCCUUGGACGCACAGGUCGUGCUCGCCAUCGACAACAGCACGUACGGAACAAACGUGGCGCUGGUAUAUGAGGAAGACGGCGUCGUCGUCAGGCUGCGCCAGCGGUACAUGCCCCUAGGCGCAGGAGAGGCGCCGGGCUCGCAUAGUCGGAAGCAGACACAGGCUGCGCUUGAGGACAUGCGGCGGCGCCCGUUUGGCAAGCCCAUCUGGGACCGACGGCUCCCGGAAAAAAUACAAACUCUUGUUCUAUACGGAGACACGACAAACGUUCCAACGCUAGGCGCUCCCUUGGAGGCAAUGUUUGGCAUAAGAGCCGUGCGCAGCGCCUCAAGGUUCAAGCCUGUCUUUGCGAGCGCCAUUGCCGCAGCGCGAUCGAACCACGAGUAUCUCCGGGAAAUUGAGUUUCUCGAGCCCCUGGGAGGGUGUCAGGAAGGACGAAAGCGAUACUCAUACAGCGGUUUCGAGCUAUUAGGCUGUGAUAUGCCAAGUCUCGAUAAUUUUCUGCAAGCCCCGAGAUUCACCGUCGGUAGUAAUUUGGGCAGAUUUACCGUCUCUACGUGCCGGACAUCAUUCCUUUCCCUGGGGAACGCGGGCCAGAGGAGCCCCUGCAGGCCGUCGUCGAGCGUCAUCCAGCGCUCCUCAACAGGCCACGUCGACGACCACUGUGAUGAUGGUGUCGUUGGGUGUCCAUUGGCGAAUGGACAGGAUCAAGAUGGCCUGUGUCGCCUCGGAUUGGGCCCCGCACCACGCCUGGACCAGACACAAAGUGGUCAGGAUCAGCAGUCACAAGACGAUCAUCAUGGACCGGAGAAAUUCGGUUUGCUUGGCACAGCGGGGGGAUUUCAAAUGGGAAAACGGGCAUUUUUUGGAAACGAGCGGGAGUAG